UGUUGACAAAUCAUGGCUAAUGAAACUUGUGGGUUGGAUAUUAAGCAACGCGGUCACGUAACAGUAAGAAGAGCGCUAGUGUCAAGUUAUUUUUAAGAAGUUAGUAAAGGUGGAAGGCGAAGUUUGGAUCGGUAAGAAGCUCUGAUUAGUAUCUGCCUCCAGCUUCACGUUAGCUCGCUGGCUAACUCUGACGGCUACCUAAAUAUGACUAGCGCAUGGGUGCUCAACCGCUGCCAGACAGUGACUGACAGUGCCGACCGGUGAGGAGGAGGGGAUUAACGUUACCGCAAACCAGACAUGACAGCUGGCGGCAGAGGGAGGGUCAACAUAAUGAUGGAGGCACCGGAAAGAAGCCGCAGCUUCAACUUUUCAUCUGAGGAGCUGGACUCCUCUGCCCUCUCCUCCAGCAUGUCCAUCGACAGGCUCUUCCCGGCUCUCCUGGAAUGCUUUGGGAUCAUUUUGUGCGGGUACAUCGCAGGGAGGGCAAACAUUAUCACCUCCACCCAGGCCAAAGGAUUGGGGAGUUUUGUUUCCAAGUUUGCUCUCCCAGCACUGCUGUUCAAGAACAUGGUGCUGCUGGACUUUGGUAAUGUCAUCUGGCCGUUUCUCUGGAGCAUCCUCAUCGCCAAAGUGUGCGUGUUCUUCCUCGUCUGCAUCCUCACAUUGAUAGUAGCCAGCCCCGUCAGUCGCUACAGUAAGGCUGGGCUCUUCUCAAUUUUUGCUACCCAAAGCAAUGAUUUUGCUUUGGGAUACCCUAUAGUUGAAGCCCUGUACCAGAGUACAUAUCCAGAGUACCUCCAGUAUAUCUACCUGGUGGCGCCUGUGUCCCUGAUGUUUCUCAAUCCCAUCGGCUUUGCCCUCUGUGAGAUCCAGAAGUGGAAGGAUCAGGGGAACCAUCAACAGAGCAAAGUAGUGAUUGUGGGAGUUGUAGUUUUACAGGUCAUAAAGAACCCCAUAGUAUUUAUGGUUGUUAUCGGCAUCAUUGCCCACUUUGUGCUGCACCAAACCGUUCCCGUCUUCAUGGCUCAGUUUGUGGAUGGCUUGGCUAACUCUUUCGGGGGAGCAGCUCUGUUCUACCUGGGCCUGUCCAUGGUGGGCCAGUUGGGGAAAUUAACCAAAUCUACAGUGGUGACACUGAUAUUACUUACUACAGCAAAACUGUUACUAAUGCCCCUGAUUUGUAAGGACAUGGUGGAUCUGUUGGACAAACGCAACACCAGCGCUUUGAACCACUCCAGCCUCUCUGAUUACGCCUUUCUUUAUGGAGUGUUUCCCACUGCACCGAGUGUGGCCAUCUAUGCCGUUUAUUAUAACGCAGAGCUAGAAGUUGUAACUGCUGGGAUGGUGAUCAGCACUUUCCUCUCAGCUCCAAUAAUGUAUGUUUCUGCCUGGUUACUCACGAUCCGUUGGACAGAUCCUCAGCGUUUAAUGAAUUCACUGCAGAACGUCAGUUUCAACAUAAGCAUCGUGAGCUUAGUUGCACUGGUGUGGACUAUUGCCGUCAUGUUUUUAAGUAAAAAAUUCAAAAGGCUGCCUCACUUGUUUACAGUUAACCUUUUCUUUGCACAGGUUCUGACUUGCAUUGGGAUGAUCUUGUGGAACUUCGUAGUGAAGGAAAAUAACUUCAUUGGUCAGGUCCUGACUUUCACCUUAUUAUGUACCUCACUCUACAGCACUUUUAUAUGGCCAGGUUUGAUAGCACUCUCACUUGUGCUCUUGAAGUCUGAGGAUCUGAAAGUUUCACUGGGCAUGUUGGUCAUUGCGGGCUGGGGGAUUCCAGCUUUAAUAACUGCAGUUUUGCUCAUUUGUGGGGAAAAAAUGUUUGGAGUCAUUGAUGCAGCUUUCUUCUAUGGCAGAGCACAGAUAAUCUGCACCACAUUCGUAGUUGCCUUCAGCAUAUUCCUGGGAGGAGGCUCUCUUGUGUGUCUCAGCAGAGGAAGCUGGGCCCAAAAUGUCCAAACUGAAGAGGUGAACUCAUUUGACUCUCCAGAAGAUCCUUUGAUUGAAAAUGAACCCGAAAACCAGACCCUGUUUGAGACUGACCCUCCACCAAGAGAUCAAGGACCCGUCAUGUGUCUGCUUCUGACUGUCAGCCUGCUUGCUAAUUUGUCCAGCUGCGUGUGGCUGCUCUUUAACCACAAUCCUGGUAGACUCUACUUGGAGUUGCUCUUCUUUUGUGCUGUGGUCAACUAUGGACAGGGGCUUCUCUCCUUUGCUCUUUUUGGGCUGGACAAACAUUUGAUUUUACUGCCGUUUAAAAAGAGAUUAUACAGUCUGUGGUAUGGAAAACAAGAAGAGCAGCCACAGAGUGAUUUAUCUGAGGAGAUCGGGAUGACCUGCACCCAGUUCACCAAAUACCACAAGCAGCAGUGUUUUCAUGACAUCGUUAAAAAGAGAAGGUGUGGAAAGAAGACUAUGGUGGACUGUUUUCUUGGCUGUGAACUUGUUGAGUGGCUUCUGCAGGUUGGUUUAGCUCAGGACCGUGGCGAGGCUGUACUCUAUGGGAUGCAAUUACAACAGGGUGGUGUGCUCCAACACAUCAAGCAGGAAUACAGCUUCCAAGAUAGUCCGCUGUAUUAUCGCUUCAUGGCAUAAGAU